CGGAGUAUACACGCAUACACCACACGACAAGAGCAGAAGAAGGAAAGGCGCUAGGGUUUUGCUCUCCCUCAUCCGUCGCGCCAUCACCGCCAAACCCAGCUCGACGACGCUGCGUCGCCGCCAAUCCCAGCCAACACUUGAACGAGAGCGACAGGUAUGGCGGAUCGGUUGACGCGUAUUGCGAUCGUGAGCUCCGACAGAUGCAAGCCCAAGAAGUGUCGUCAAGAGUGCAAGAAAAGCUGCCCUGUCGUCAAAACUGGUAAACUGUGUAUCGAGGUUACUCCUGCAUCUAAGAUUGCUUUCAUAUCUGAGGAGCUCUGCAUUGGUUGUGGUAUCUGUGUUAAGAAAUGCCCAUUUGAAGCAAUUCAGAUUAUUAACCUGCCCAAAGAUUUGGACAAAGAUACCACCCAUCGUUAUGGCCCGAACACAUUCAAAUUGCACAGGUUACCGGUCCCAAGGCCGGGUCAAGUUUUGGGGCUGGUUGGGACCAACGGUAUUGGGAAAUCCACUGCCCUCAAAGUUUUGGCCGGAAAACUCAAACCAAAUUUGGGGCGUUUCAACAAUCCUCCGGACUGGCAAGAAAUCUUGACCUACUUCCGAGGAUCUGAGCUGCAAAAUUAUUUUACUCGCAUCCUCGAAGAUAAUUUGAAGGCUAUCAUAAAGCCUCAGUAUGUUGAUCACAUCCCAAAAGCAGUUCAAGGCAAUGUGGGCCAGGUGCUCGACCAAAAAGAUGAGAGAGAAGUGAAGAGUGAACUCUGCGCUGAUCUUGAGCUAAACCAGGUUAUAGAUCGUAAUGUUGGAGACCUAUCUGGUGGAGAGCUUCAGAGAUUUGCUAUUGCUGUCGUUGCCAUACAAAAUGCUGAGAUAUAUAUGUUUGAUGAGCCUUCCAGUUAUCUUGACGUCAAACAAAGGCUUAAAGCAGCCCAAGUUAUCCGAUCCUUGCUCAGGCCUAACAGCUAUGUAAUUGUUGUUGAGCAUGACCUGAGUGUGCUAGAUUAUUUGUCGGACUUCAUCUGCUGUUUAUAUGGGAAACCGGGUGCUUAUGGAGUUGUCACACUUCCCUUCUCAGUUAGAGAGGGAAUCAAUAUCUUCUUGGCUGGAUUUGUGCCCACUGAAAAUCUUCGGUUCCGAGAUGAAUCUCUUACUUUCAAGGUUGCCGAGACUCCACAAGAGAGUGCAGAAGAAAUCGAGACAUAUGCACGGUACAAAUAUCCAACCAUGUCUAAAACUCAGGGGAAUUUUAAGCUUCGCGUGCUUGAGGGCGAAUUCACCGAUUCACAGAUUAUUGUGAUGCUGGGUGAAAAUGGGACAGGGAAGACAACGUUUAUUCGUAUGCUGGCUGGUUUGUUGAAACCUGAUUUAGUAGAAGGUUCAGAUGUGGAGAUACCCGAGUUUAAUGUUUCUUACAAGCCUCAGAAAAUUAGUCCCAAGUUUCAAUUCACAGUCCGACACUUGCUGCAUCAGAAAAUACGUGAUUCAUACACACAUCCCCAAUUUGUAUCAGAUGUGAUGAAGCCUCUUCUUAUAGAGCAGUUAAUGGAUCAAGAAGUUAUGAAUCUUUCGGGAGGAGAGCUGCAAAGAGUUGCAUUGUGUCUGUGCCUUGGAAAGGUAAUUUUUGUAAUUGUAGUAUACCUAAUGCGAAAUUCGGUUUUUUUAUUCAUGCAGCCUGCUGAUAUUUAUCUAAUCGAUGAACCUAGUGCUUAUCUCGACUCUGAGCAACGAAUUGUUGCUUCAAAGGUCAUAAAGAGGUUUAUACUCCACGCAAAGAAAACAGCUUUUGUGGUUGAGCACGAUUUUAUCAUGGCAACUUAUCUGGCAGAUAGAGUUAUUGUGUACGAGGGGAGGCCAUCGAUUGAUUGUACGGCCAAUUCUCCACAAUCGUUGUUGACUGGGAUGAAUCUCUUUUUAUCUCAUCUGGACAUCACGUUUAGACGGGAUCCAACUAAUUUCCGCCCCAGAAUCAACAAACUCGAGUCAACCAAAGACAGGGAGCAGAAAUCUGCUGGAUCCUAUUAUUACCUAGAUGAUUAAGAUGGUCAUUUUCAGUUGCAUAUACUGCGAAUCAAGAUGGACAUUGAUGAGAGUGAUGGUGGGGAUCCGACAUGAGUUGACGGUGGACCACGCAUAAGUCUUUUCUGUUGCUUUAACGAGUACGCGGAUUGCAAUUUUCUGAUGCUUCCGCAUUGUUAAAGAACUUUUGCUCAAGUGCUUUCUGUUCUCUGGUUUUGAUAUGAUAUUUUAGGUGAAAUAAUCUUUAGUUUUAUUGUCUUCUUUACCAUCAAAACGAAGAUAUUGACGUCAACUCAGAGCUUUGUAAUUUUGAGGGAUAUAUAUAUAUUUUCUUUUUAGGAA